CCUGAACGGUUUGGCUCUUUUCUCUGCUGACAGCCUUACAAUGUUCCUCAAUUUCUCUUCAGUAUCAGUAUUUUCUAGCUCUUAUUAAAUAAAUAUAAUUGUCUGAUCAUAACGAGACGCUUGUCUGGGAACUUAACUACCUAUCGGUCGCCUUCAUUUGGGGCUAUAACGCCUUAUUACUACCAUAUUGAGAAAAAAAAAAACACUUGGGAGGAAAUUCCACACAAGCGACACCAGCACAGAAGGCACCUCUUGUGUGAUCUGGAUUUUAAAACUGAAGAAGGGUACAGUUUCAUACUGUGAGAUUGUCAAUGAACAUCUGAAAACCUGGUCACAUGGUGCUCAGACUCUGGGGCAGUACUCUUGUAAAACCUUUUUGUUGUGGAAACCUCAGAGUUAAUACUGUGGCUUCUGACCCGUGUGCUGACCUCAUGGUGUAACCAAGAAUAAAGAUGAGCAUAAGCAGCGAUGAAGUCAACUUCUUGGUAUACAGAUACCUGCAAGAGUCAGGGUUCUCCCACUCGGCCUUCACUUUCGGCAUAGAGAGCCACAUCAGCCAGUCCAACAUCAACGGUGCCCUGGUGCCCCCUGCUGCUCUCAUCUCCAUCAUCCAGAAGGGCCUGCAGUAUGUGGAGGCUGAAGUCAGCAUCAACGAGGACGGCACGCUGUUCGACGGGCGGCCGAUCGAGUCCCUGUCGCUGAUCGACGCGGUGAUGCCGGACGUGGUGCAGACACGGCAGCAGGCCUACCGCGACAAGCUGGCCCAGCAGCAAGCAGCCGCCGCAGCGGCGGCCCCCGUCGCUGCGAGCAACAUACCGGGCAACGCCAAGAACGGAGAGAACACUGCCAACGGAGAGGAGAACGGAGCGCACGCCUUAGCCAACAACCACACGGACAUGAUGGAGGUUGACGGAGACGUGGAGAUCCCCCCAAACAAAGCUAUGGUGCUGCGCGGCCAUGAGUCGGAGGUGUUCAUCUGCGCCUGGAACCCCGUCAGCGACCUCCUCGCCUCGGGGUCCGGGGACUCGACGGCGCGUAUCUGGAACCUGAGCGAGAACAGCACCAGCAGCUCCACGCAGCUCGUCCUACGCCACUGUAUACGAGAGGGGGGGCAGGACGUCCCCAGCAACAAAGAUGUCACCUCGUUAGACUGGAACAGUGAAGGUACACUACUAGCAACAGGUUCCUAUGAUGGAUUUGCAAGAAUAUGGACUAAAGAUGGUAACCUUGCCAGCACCUUGGGUCAGCACAAAGGUCCUAUUUUUGCUUUAAAAUGGAAUAAAAAAGGAAAUUUCAUCCUCAGUGCUGGAGUUGAUAAGACUACAAUCAUUUGGGAUGCGCAUACAGGAGAGGCCAAACAGCAAUUCCCUUUCCACUCAGCUCCUGCGCUCGACGUCGACUGGCAGAGCAACAACACGUUUGCCUCCUGCAGCACGGACAUGUGCAUCCACGUGUGCAAGCUGGGUCAGGACCGGCCCGUCAAGACAUUCCAGGGGCACACGAAUGAAGUGAACGCAAUCAAAUGGGACCCGACGGGCAACCUGCUGGCCUCCUGCUCCGAUGACAUGACUCUGAAGAUCUGGAGUAUGAAACAAGACACCUGUGUUCACGACUUGCAAGCGCACAGCAAAGAAAUCUACACCAUCAAGUGGAGCCCGACUGGGCCUGGAACCAACAACCCCAAUGCCAAUCUCAUGCUGGCAAGCGCUUCGUUCGACUCCACCGUGCGGCUAUGGGACGUGGACCGAGGAAUCUGCAUCCACACGCUAACCAAACACCAAGAGCCCGUGUACAGCGUGGCCUUCAGCCCCGACGGCCGAUACCUGUCCAGCGGCUCCUUCGACAAAUGCGUCCACAUCUGGAACACGCAGACAGGAACUUUAGUCCAUAGCUACAGGGGAACGGGAGGCAUCUUUGAAGUAUGCUGGAAUGCAGCAGGUGACAAAGUGGGAGCGAGCGCAUCAGAUGGAUCUGUUUGUGUACUAGAUCUGCGGAAAUAACACUGCUAGUUGGAAGCCAUGGACCGACUAUGAAUGUGUACAUAGCCAAAAUGACUGUCCCUGCCCCGCAUACUGCUACAGUCCCUUGUGAAACCCAUGGCCAGCCACUACAGCCAAACCAAGCAUCCUGAAAGCAGUGAAGGAGAGCACAGACCCAGGGCCCCGGUCUGGAUCCUCCCAGAGACUCCCGGACGUGAAACGGGAGAAACCGAGAAAAAAAAAAAACAGACUAGACAAAGGACCCGUACGCGUACCAAAAUUUUACGAGUUUUUCUUUCUGUUCUUAAAACCAGAAUCAACAUUUAAAGAAAAGAAAAAAAAAAAGAUUUUUAUGUUUGUUGGUAGAUCAGUUUGUGUGUGCAGACAUAUCGGCUUCCUUAACCCAGCGGCAGAUAUUUGUUGUCGUCCCCCCCCCCCCCCCCACUCCCCCCGUUUAUAAAUGUUUAACAGAUACCUUAGGUUUCGGCUGCAUGAAGCAGAGGAGCCAGUCGACUUGAACUGUUGCUUUUAUACCUGGACAGAAAUGCAUUCUGGGGGGAAAAAAAAUGUCUUUGGUACUGUAUGUUUUGUGGUUCAAAAAAAUGCAUUGCGGGGGACCGUGUUUAAAUUUUCUUUUUUACAAUUUCAGUUUCACUUUUCUGCAUUCUUCAGUUGUAGUUUUGAUGCUAUGGUUUUACUGGUGAUCAAAAUGCAGUAGUUUUUUCCUCUCGAAGUGGAUGUUGAUUCUGCGGAAUUUUAAGGAUUACGAUUGUAAGCUGGGCACAAAAAUAAGAAACGAUGCACCACGCAUCAUUUUGCUUUAAAACCAUAAUUAUGGUUGUAUUGUGCACUAUUGACGGAGAAACAUUAGUAAUACGACAUUUUGAUUCAUAAAACUUUCUGGACAAUGGUUAACUGCUGUAGCUGUUACAAGAAACAACAUUCUUUAGUAAACUGCAGAUGGACUUUUUAGCCAACAAAAUAACUAGGCUCCAGUAUUAAUGACUGAUACUCUUUGUAGCUUCUCAAAAAUGUCCAUAGGACAAAGUUAAGUCAAUGUAAUUCUACCAUGAAACAGACUGACGUCCCUUGUGAAUAAAUCACUCAUUAAAGUCAAGACUUGCUUUAAUUUCCUUUUUUUUUUUUUUAACCAACAUGUGCAUUUCAUACCAGUGUUGGGAGUUUGUUUUUCAGGUCUGGGUUUGUGUAACAUAUUUAUUUUUCCUCUGAAAUUUUUUUUUUUGGCAAAUUUUAAGCGUGGAAAUGUAUACUAAAAGGUGAUCUAGAAUGUAAAUGCUAGUUGACUCUUUGGCACAGAAGUGUUUCUCACUUCUUUUCCUGGUCAGUCCCCCCUGAAUCAAAUCCUUUCCGAAUCAGAAAUUAAUUGACGGCCAUGUAAUGCAAGGUGUUGCUGUUCUAUUAUUAAGAAACUGAAGCUAAAGCAAGUCCGGGUGUUGGGCAGGGAAAGGAAAAGGUGAAUUGUUAAAUAUGAAAAGGUGUAACAUUGUAACUAUAUAUGUCUGUGUUAACACAGAGAAUUAUUUUAUAUACUACUCAUAUGCAAGGGUAGUUUUUAAUUAAAUCCAUUUUAGCUUUUAAAACGCACUUGACUGCGCGAUAUAAUUAUGCAUUGUAUGAACAGGUUUUAUUUUUACUUUUUGUUUAUCAUGCAAUGGCAUCCUCCUUUAUAAAAUACCAUUAGACAGUCAUACAGUAGCAAAAAAAGCCUCUGUUUUAUUUAGGAAAUUCAGCAGUUCUCCAGUGAUAUUAAUGCCCGUAUUUGUCUAUGAAACAGACCAGUGAAUUGUUAUUGGGAGAGCAGCUGAGCAGAUUGACAUUCCAAGUAGUAUAGCAUAGUUUAAUCAAUACAGUUUAACUAAAGAAAAUACACCUCACUUCAUGCUGUCUUACAGUAGACUUUUUUCCAAAUGAAUCACUUAAUUUACCACCUUUUAUAUCAAGUGUAGUAUUUUGAAUUGUGCUUACCGGUAAAUCAUCUACUAAACAAACCCCCCUGGAAGCUAUUUAUUGUGUAGUAUAUGACAGUGGAAUGGUAUUUUAUAAUGUCUUUGUUUUUAAAGAAACAUGCUUUUUACACUGCAAAUUUAGUCAGUUUCCUGCUGGUCCCUAGUCUAAUUCCUUAUCUUACCCAAACACCCUUGUGUGGCCCUUGAACGUUUUUGUACUCUUUGAAAAUUUUUAUAAUUCUGAUUUUUAUUUGUAGCUGUUAAAAGCAAGAGGAGCAAACAUAAAUUGGAUGUAAUAUAACAUCAUGGACCAUGUAAAUACCACAGAUUAAAAAUUUGGGUUCAGCAUUGUUUUGUCAUUGCCCACACUCACCCUUAAUUUUCUCAACUAAGUCUUUUUUGUUGCAGAUGCCCUUUGCAUUGUAUUGAUCUGACUGUUGUAAUUUGAUUCAGAUCUGAAAAAGAAGUCCAGAAUAAAAUAUAUUUUGAUAUUA